AAGUCCCAGAAGCGCAGAAUUGCAGCGAGUGACGAGCGAGAAUUCGUCGUGUGGGGUAUUGAUUUGGGGAUCUAUAGACGCAGAAGCAUAGAGAUCAUCGCAUGUCGAUAUUGCGGAGAAUAAUACAGGCACCAAACUAGCCAUUGAUCGAUGACAAACCACAGCUUUUGUGGCCUUUACGACAGCAACUGUUGUUGCCUGACAGGCGCAAUAAUGUGAGAGCUGCCAUAAUGCAGGUAUACCAUCGCCAUCCUCUCCCAUCCGAAGUGCUCCCUUUGCUCUUGUUGCUUCUCUCGCUGCUGUCAUGGUUGUGAAGCCCUUCUUGCAUCGAGGCAAAAGUGCUUGGUCUGUCUCAGCGCAGCCUCUUUGAAGGGAAGCGUCGAUGGCGUCUUGGGGUGGGGCAGCAAUGGCACGGAUGCUCUUGUGCUGCUGCUGCUGUGCGCUUCUCAUCCAGUCUGGUCUUGGCGCCGAUGCGAAUGCUGCGUUUUUGAGCAACAUCAACGAAUACCGUUUGUCCCAGGGUUUACCAGCCUUCGGCACAAAUGCAGGUGCAUCUUGUGUUGCACGACAAGUGGCGGAGAAAUUCCGAGGCACUUCGUGCACCAACUCUACGGGCACUGACACGGUCGAUGGUCAAGAGCCACAAUUUGACGACGCAUUACUGAAGAAGUGCAACUUGCAGCUUGUGAAUGUUAAAGACGGGUUUAUAGGUCCAUCUUGCGUGCCGGCUGGAAUCAGUGCAGCUGAUGCUCCUAAGGUUGCCGCAAUCAACAUCACCAAGUCUCAAUAUGCAGAAUUGAAUGAUACAAAAUAUGUUUCUGCAGGGGCCGGGUCAGUGGACAACGCAUGGUUUGUAAUGGUGCUUGCGACCAACGCGAGCGAAGGAAACUUUAUAAACCAGGAUUUGGACCCAUCCUCAGCUUUUGCUCUGCGUGUUAGUUUAGCUCCAAUCGCAGUCAUAAUCUAUGUUGUGUCGACCAUGGCACUAGGAUGUGCUUUCUAAGCCAUCUUCAUUUCUCAUAGGUUUGAAGGGGAAGGGCUUAGGUCAAUGAGGUACUUGCAGAGCAUCACUUCAUGUGAUUAGAAUUAAGACCCGAUUGAGGAGGUACUGUUUUUUUGAAGGUUUUCAAACUGUUUGUCGUGUGUCAGGCAUUCCUACUCAACUUUCGGUUUUGGGUAGAAUUUAUAUCGUCCAUUUUUAAUCUGCAAAUAGAGUUCGCUUUUCGAGCAAUCACUCCGUUA